CGGUUCGAAGUUAUCAAGGGGAAAGAAAACGAAAAUAAAAAAUACAAAAAAGAACCCGCAACAACACAGAUUUUCAAGCCAAUCUGUACGCAACCAUUGAAAAUAUCUCCAUAAUUCUUUAGAAUACUGUCUCACCAAUCUGCACACUUCCAAGUACAGCACAGUCCAGUCCACCAAAAACACCAUGGACACCUUCCGCCAGAUCCUGCAGGCCGCCCGCCAGUCCAACUACGGACGGUACCUCGUGGAAGAGGACGCGGUCUUCGAGUCCGUCGCCGAAGCGGUCCAGCAGCACAUGAGCCAGUACGACGCCUCGCACGACUUCCAACACGUCCUCCGCGUCGUAGCGCUAUCCUCGAAGAUCCUCGCCGCCGAGUUCGAGGCCGAGUCCGAGCGGCACGAAUGGUACCGGCCCGACCUCAUUCUUCUGAGCGCCCUGCUCCACGACGUCAACGACAAGAAAUACGCCCCUCCCCCGUCUGCCGCCGGGGAGCAGGUGUCCAAGGUCGCUGUGGUGCUUCGAAAGGCCGGCAUCUCCGAGGACGAGAUCGAGCACGUCGAGCAGGUCGUCAACCAUGUCUCGUACUCCACGGAGGUCAAGGACCCCGCGAAGGUGAUGGAGGUCCUGGAGGAUUAUCCGGAUCUGGCGGUCGUGCAGGACGCGGACCGGUUGGAUGCCCUGGGCGCGAUUGGCGUGGGCCGGAUGUUUACGUACGGGGCCGCGAAGGUGCCGGAUGCGAGUAUGCAGAGGUCGCGGGAUCAUGUUGAUGAGAAGUUGGUGAAGUUGGAGGGGAUGAUGAAGACGGACGUUGGGUUGAAGAUGGCCAAGGAACGGACUGAGAGACUAGUCACUUUCAGCAAGUGGUGGGAUGAGGAAGCUGCUCUGUUUGAGCCAGAACUAUAGGUUUCAAGGUUGAUGGUAUUUCGUCAGAAGUUCGGAGUAGGUUUACGGCGAAUUGGAGGGGAAUCUCAUUUGUUAUUCACUCUUCGUGAGGCCAAUCAUAGCGAUGUUUUGCAAAGAAGUCGUAUUCGUGUUCCGCGUAGC